AUGCAAUUUCGGGAAUCAAGGUAUGAUAUGAUCAUCAUGAAAGACUGGCUCCAACGCUUAGGGCUGAUGGUGCUGUGCGCCGCCGCAGCUACUGCCAAACAUGCGUACGAGUUCAAAUCCGUUGCGAUCACUGGAGGAGGCUACAUCACUGGCAUUGUAGGCCACCCGACUGAAAAGAACCUCCUAUAUGCCCGUACCGACAUCGGUAGCACAUAUCGCUGGGAACAGGAGCUGAACAAAUGGAUCCCGCUCACCGAUUUCAUCGGCCCCGAGGACGAGAAUCUGCUUGGGACGGAGAGCAUAGCCACGGACCCGGCUGAUCCAAACCGUUUAUAUCUGGCGCAGGGCCGGUAUCUGAGUUCUAACAACUCGGCGUUUCUGGUGUCGAAUGAUCGGGGAGCGACUUUUACGCAGUAUCCGGCGCCCUUUGCGAUGGGGUCGAAUGAGAUGGGUCGGAAUAACGGGGAGAGACUCGCGGUCAACCCGUUCAAGCCGAAUGAGCUGUGGAUGGGGACUCGCAACGCUGGGUUGAUGAAGAGCAGUGAUCGCGCGAAGACGUGGACGAAUGUGACCAACUUCCCUGAAGCGGCGGCGAACGGGAUUGGAAUCACGUUUGUUAUUUUCGACCCGCAGCGUGAAGGGACGAUCUACGUGGGCGCUUGCGUUCCUGGUGGAUUGUACUUUACGACCGACGCAGGAACGACGUGGGAGUCUAUCCCAGGGCAGCCAAUGCAAUGGAACUCGUCUUUGCUGAUCUACCCCAAUGAGACGCAGCCGCAGAGCGCGGGACCCCAGCCGAUGAAGGCAGCAUUGGCAUCUAAUGGAGCAUUGUACGUCACCUAUGCGGAUUCUCCCGGGCCAUGGGGAGUGGCCUAUGGCGCGGUGCAUGUCUACAACACGAACACAUCGGAGUGGGUGGACGUUACACCUACCGCCGAAAACACCUCUCCUGCCCCGUAUACCCCCCAGGCAUUCCCGGCGGGCGGAUACUGCGGUCUAAGCGUCGCAGCCGACGACCCGAAUACCGUCGUCGUGGUCUCACUCGACCGCGACCCGGGUCCAGCGCUGGAUAGCAUGUAUCUCUCCCGCGACGGAGGCAAGACCUGGAAAGACGUCUCGCAGCUCUCCACGCCGUCCGGUAGCGGGGGAUACUGGGGCCAUCCCAUCGCUGAAGCGGCACUCGCCAACGGAACAAGGGUCGACUGGUUGAGCUUCAACUGGGGCCCUCAGUGGGGCGGGUACGGCGCGCCAUCCCCCGUCAAGGGACUGACCAAGUUCGGCUGGUGGAUGACAGCCGUGCUCAUUGACCCGAGCAACCCCAACCACGUAAUGUACGGAAGUGGCGCAACGAUCUGGGCGACAGAUACCAUUACCCAGGCGGAUAAGGAUUCCGCGCCGACAUGGUACGUCCAGGCACAAGGAAUCGAGGAAACCGUUACGCUGGCGAUGAUCAGCCCACGGGACGGAGCGCAUCUCCUCAGCGGGGCGGGUGAUAUCAACGGGUUCCGGCAUGACGAUCUCGACACGCCGCAGUCGAUGUUUGGCCUCCCUGUGUUUUCGAACCUGAAUACCCUCGACUGGGCGGGGCAGCGGCCGGAGGUGAUUGUGCGCGGUGGGCCAUGCGGGCAUCAGUAUCCGGAUGGAUGUGGCCAGGCGGCUUAUUCAACGGAUGGAGGGAGCGGCUGGACCAAGUUCCAGACGUGCAUUCCCGGUGUGAAUACCAGCUCGACCAACCCAGGCGUUAUGACUGUUGAUGCCUCUGGAAAGUACGUGGUCUGGUCGUCUGCCAUGUACAUCGUCUCGCCAACUUUGCAGGCCGUCAGCUCUGCAGGGAACGAUGCCGGGCCGUAUGCCUCAAACGACUGGGGCAAGACCUGGACAUCGCCUCGCGGGCUGACGGUGCAGACGGCAAACAUUAGCGCGGAUCGCGUACAGCCGAAGACAUUCUACGCUUUCUCCAGCGGCGUUUGGUACGUCAGCACGGACGGUGGCCUCUCGUAUGCUGCAUCCAAUGCCAGCGACGUAGGGCUCCCCGCGUACACCGGCGCCGUCCCCGUCGUGAGUGUUGACACUGCAGGCGAGAUCUGGCUGGCCCUCGGUGGCGAGGGCGCCUACCAUACGACAGACUUUGGACAACACUGGAAACGCAUCACGCACAAGGGAACAGUUGCCGACUUGAUCACCGUGGGUGCCGCAGCUGCUGGGUCCAAGACGCCGGCACUGUUCAUUAGAGGCUCGCCUGGUCAUCCGAAGAAAAGUGAUUUCGGGAUCUAUCGGUCCGACGAUAACGGAUCCACAUGGGAACGGGUCGAUGAUGAUACACACCGUUAUGGAGGGUUCAAUCUCAUCCAGGGAGACCCUCGAGUGUACGGACGGGUGUAUCUGGGUACGGGCGGACGUGGCAUUCUCUACGCGGAUAUUGUACCGCAGCGAUCAGCCAAGGACGGGAAUGUACCAGGAACUGGAGGUAUUUGA